GUUAGAUGCUCCCCCACCCUUUUUUUGAACCACCUCUAGGACUCUCCUCUUUCAUUAUUGCUUUGACUGUCUCACCUCAUAAGUCCUCCAUAUCUACAUUUGGCAGGUUACAAUGGACCAUAAGUUCUGUAUCAGAUUGUACAUCUUUUGUGCGUCUCAGUCGGUGAUGGCUUUUAACAUUGAUCCUGUUACCUGGAAAACCUUCACUCCACCUUCACCUUCACAGAGUCAAAAUGUUGCCUUUGGCUAUAAGGUGAUACAGAAAGACACAAGUCUGAUCGUGAGUGAUCCUUUAAUUCAAGUCAAUCAAGCUCAAAGAGGAUUGAUUUAUAGCUGUGCUGUCACUCAAGGAACCUGCUCAUCACUGAAGAUUGAUGUGCCCUCAGAAGCUGUCAACAUGUCUCUUGGACUUUCCAUGGUUCAAGAUCCUCAGUCUUCAAAUGUGGCGAUUUGUGGCCCAACCAUUCCAAAGAAAUGUGUAUCAGUUACCAACUACAGAGGCAUGUGUUUCAUCAGAGAAAACAGUGUGUUUAAAGCACCAAUACCCCACUCCAAAUACAGAGACUGUCUUGGUCAGAUUGACAUUGCUUUUCUAUUAGAUGGAUCUGGGAGUGUGGGGAGUAACAAUUUUGUAACGAUGAAGAAUUUUGUGACAAACGUGAUCAAGCGUUUUACUGAGCGAGAUGCACAGUUUGCUAUAGCACAAUACUCCCGUGAUUGUGUUAUUCACUACAAUUUCAAUCAAGUCAAAAUUCAGGACAGCACAUGGGAAUCUAAGGUGACAAAUAUACAGUACCAGAAUGGAGGUUACACUUACACUGCGACAGCCAUCUCAAAGCUUGUGAGCAAUCUAUUUACACCAAAUGGAGGGGCAAGACCAUCAGCAAAUAAAAUAUUGCUUGUUAUUACUGAUGGACAGUCACAUGACAGGAGCUUAUUGACACGGGCAUCAUCAGAGGCAAAUGAAAAGAACAUAAAACGAUUUGCAAUCGGGGUUGGCAAUGCUUUUAAUAGUGACACAGCAAGAAUGGAGCUGGAAACUAUUGCAUCUUUACCCUCCAAUAAUCAUGUGUUCAGAGUAAAUGAUUUUGACGCGCUGGAAAAUAUUCAUGAAAAACUCAAAGAGAACAUUAUCGCCAUUGAAGGAACCCAGACCUCUGGAGAUUCAUCUCGAAUGGAGUUUGCACAGGACGGGUUUAGUGCAGCAUUUACAUCAAAUACAGAUAUGAUAAUGACUGCAGUGGGAGCUUUCCAGUGGAAGGGUGGAUAUCGGCUGUACAAACCAAAUGAUAAUUCAGAUGAUUUUCAAGCUGGAAGUGAGCAAGACAGUUAUUUAGGUUAUUCUUUGGCAAUAGCAACAAUGCGGGGAGCAAAGUAUGCAGUCAUGGGAGCACCAAGACACAAGCAUAAGGGACAAGUUACUGUUUCAAGAAUUGAUCGAAGUGAUGUAAAACAACUGGAUCCUCCUAAGCCUCAGAUUGGCUCAUAUUUUGGAGCUGAGGUGUGUGUGGUGGAUUUGAACAUGGACUCCAAUACAGACCUACUUUUGGUAUCGGCUCCAACAUACAUGGAGUCUGACCGGGAGGGUGUAGUGUUUGUUUACAUCUUCACACGUCAGUCAAAGUUAAUUUUUUCGGAUACACUGGUGGGCAUGUCAGGUCAGAGGGGUCGGUUUGGCUCUUCUCUGGCCAGUCCAGCAAAUCUGAAUGGUGAUGGUUUCAUGGAUGUGCUGAUUGGAGCUCCUUUAGAGGAGGAUGGACAGGGCAGCAUCUACAUCUUCAACGGGAGAGAUGGAGCGAUCAAUUCAAAAUACUCACAGAGGAUUGUUGGAUCAUCUGUGCGACCAGAUUUGCGAUUCUUUGGGAUUUCAUUGAGUCAGUCUUCUCUAGACCAGAGUCAAGACAAGCUUCCUGACAUUGCUGUUGGGUCCAAGGGAGCAGUUCUGCUUCUCAGGUCCAGACCCAUCAUGCUCUUGGAAACCAAAGUAACUUACAACCCAACCAAAAUACUAACCAGUGACCAAACAGACUGUACAAAGCCAUUGCAAAACACCCUGGCUGUGUGCUUCACCAUGAGUGCAUACCAACAUCUCAUAAAAGAUUUGACUGCAAAUAUUAAUUACACCAUAAUGCUGGAUGCCAAGCGCCAGAAAUAUCGAGCAUACUUCUCACCCAAAAACCGGCUCCUCAGUGAUGUGAUGAACAUUGGGCUGCAGGAAGUAUGCAAAAGUCAUGCUUUCUUCAUAGAGGCUUGUUCAGAAGAUGCUCUGAACCCGUUGUCCAAUCAGUUAAAUUUCACAUUUGAGGGUCUUCCAUUAGCAAGAAUGCAAAAUUUGAGACCAGUACUGCUGCCAGAGAUAAAGACCUCCACAGACCACAAUCUAAAUUUUGAGAUUGACUGUGGAACUGAUAAUUUAUGUGUUGACAACCUCCGAAUGGAUUUCAAUUUCUCUGGGGCUACAAACAUAGAGGUUGGGAUAAUGCAGGAGAUCAACGUGACAGUGUUUGUAGAGAACAGAGGAGAAAACUCAUACAACACUCUCUUCACCCUCAAAUACCCCUUUGGACUUUCCUACAGGAGAUUCACAUCUAAACAGGGCAGAGUGGAGUGUGUGUCUCUGGAUGCUGAGAGAGGUGUUACACUGGGAGAAACAACUUGCCAAAUCAGUAAACCCAUCCUCAAGGGAAACACUCAGGUUGUGUUUGACAUUACAUACAGCAUUAAUAAAGAAAGUACACUGGGCCAAAAUGUGACGUUUGCUGCUGAGGUCACGAGUGGAAAUGACAAACACUCAAACGACAGUGAGUUUAAAAAUCAGAAAACCAUCGAUGUCAAAUACGCCAUCUAUAUUGCCUUGAUAAGGCAUGAAAAUUCCACCAUCCACAUUAAUUUUACUUCAGGGAAAAGGGAUCUUAUGAAACCCAUCCAGCAGAUAAUAAGGGUUCAGAAUGACCUCAGAGAAUUAAUUUUCAAAGUGUUCAUCAGAGUACCAGUGAAACUUGGUGAUGCUGACAUCUGGACUAAUUCAAAUUUGCAAAUUUAUGGCUGUAAAAGUGAGAACAUGGAGAUGCCUGUUAUCACCAAUUUUACAUUGUUGGAUGUUGUUAAAAAUCAUCGUGUGGUGAACUGCUCUGUGGCGGUGUGUGCCGUGUUCAGCUGUGACGUCAAUCUCAUAAAGAAUGAAUGGAAACUCUAUUAUAUAUCUGGCAAUGUGAGCUCUGGAUGGAUUGAGCAGACUGGACUCAGAGCUGCUGUGUUUGAGUUGAUCAGUUCAGUGUCUCUGGAUUAUGACAAGAGCAAAUAUAUUUUCUUUUCCUCUGAUUCUCAAGGCACUGCACCGUCUCUCCAGAUUAACACUCAAGUGGAGGUGUAUGAGGAACCGAACCUGAUCAAAGAGAUCAUUGGAGGAGUGGUAGGAGGACUGCUGCUACUGGCUCUCAUCACUGCGAUCCUCUAUAAGGCUGGGUUCUUCAAAAGCCAUUAUAAGCAGAUGCUGCAGGAGGCGCAGGGGGAUGAAGGAGGAGAACCAAACAUGACACAAUAAUGUGCACUCAAACAGUUAUAAGAUUUAUGUACUGAUUGUGUUUUGUGGGCUUCAGAAUGAAACAUGAAUAUACAGCUCAUAGUAGCAACAUAUUUCAGACUGAUUUAGAACAAUUUAUUUAAAUGAAAACUGGACAAUUUUGAAGUUAUUUCAGAUUACUCAUCAUCUUAUCAGUGAGCACAACGAGUUACCACAAUGAAAGUAUUUAUAGCCUUUCAAAUAUUUGACUUCCUUU